UGUAAAUAAUAAUAUUUAAAAAUGAGAAAGCGUUUAUUCGUAUCCCUCCUUGCUAUCAUAAUCUACCGCUCAGGAAACCGCUUGCAGUUAGCAACAGAAAUUAUAAAUCUUUUCGACCAACAUAAAACAUUUGGAUUCUUCUCUGUUGCAGUGAUCAUACUGUCUUAUUUGAACAAGCAUGGCUAUCUCAGGAGCCUUAGUGAUUCCAGCAAAUUAUUGAGGGAAAUUUCGAAAAUAUUCUGGAACGAGAUGAGUCUCACUCCACCAACAAAGCCACUCAAGAAGAAUGAGAGGAAAGUUGAUAAAGAAGUUAUCAAGGACUGAUGCCAAAAUAUUGAUGUUAUCAACUAUAUGAAACUCUUAAAGAAAGCAAAGAGUAAGAAAGAAGCCAAAAAGAAGUUAAUGGAGGUCAGAGAUAUUAAGAUGCAACAGAGGGGAAAUAGAAAGCAUAAGAGAGGUCUAGGAAGUCAAUACCAGUCCUCCAAAGAUAUUACCAAAGCACUAUUGCCGAUCCAAGAAGAGGCUGUUGAAAGUUAAAAAUUCAGCCAAUGAGAAUAUUUUCUCCAAUCCCUACCUGUUCCACAGGAAUGUAGGAAGAC